AUAAAACAAACAAAUAGCGUUUAACUUGACUACAAUGUUAGAUUAUUUUAUAUAAAAAAAUAUAACUUAUUGAACUAAACUAUGCUGACCUGGAUUUCGAAAAUAAUAUAUUGUUUGUACUCGCAUGAGUAGUUUCAGAAUUGUAAAAGUCAUCAUCGUAAAUGAUGACUAUAUAAAACAUAAAUGAUUUCCAGAAUUUGAAUAUAAUUUUUGUCAAAAGGUAGGGUGUAAUCAUGUUGCACUAAAAUCAUUCAAAUUAUUAUUGUUGUAAUAAAUGUUUGUUUUUUUUUUUUAAUAUAUCAGUUUACCGCAUUUAUAGAUAUUUUUAAUCGUUAGAAUUAAUUUUUUCGUGAUAGCAUUGUUACUUUAUCAAACAUUUCACAUAUUAUUUUUAAUACUAUUAUUUGAGUAAUGGCAUUAAAUAAAACUUGUGUUGGUACACAAUAGAAAUGAAUGAUUUAAUUAUGUAUAAACUGAGGUUGCCGUGGAAACGGAUUUUUGUAUACAUAUUAUUACAACCAAAGAAACAAUGACAAUUCAACGUUUGUGCAAAAAAUGGGAUGUUUCUGUUGCAAAACCACUGGGGCUGCCAAAGAGCCAAAAAAACUGGUGUACUCAUGGGUUGAACGAAAACACUUGGACCCUGCGGAUUAUGUAAUGGAAAAUUUGAACGGCUGCACGGCGUAUAAGUCUCCAGGGUCAAUUGGCGGCCAACAAUUUGUUGUACGCAAUUGUCAGGACUCCAAUAUUUACUUGCUGGACCAUACUGGUUCAGUAACUGUGGAUGAUUGUCAGAGAUGCACAAUUGUGCUAGGACCAACCAAACAAAGCGUUUUUGUGAGGGAUACAAUUCAUUCAACAGUGGUAGUUGCCUGUGGUCAGUUUAGAGUUCGUGACUGCACAUCCUUAAAGAUUUCAUUGUUUUGUUCUACUCAGCCGGUGAUAGAGUCCAGUCGAGAAUUGCAAUUCAGUUGUUACCAGUUUUAUUACAACCAAUUGGCUGAUCAAUUUGUCAAAGCCGAUCUUAAUAUAUGGAAUAACAAUUGGAGAACCGUGUACGAUUAUACAUGGAACGAAGGUGACAAUUGGGUGGUAAAUGAAGAGCCCAUAUUUGUCCAGUUAUCUGAAGAAUUACACAAGUAUGGAAUUACCAAUGAAUCCGAAAAAUCAAUUGUGCCCCUCACCAAAUGUAAUCAACAGUCUGGAGAAAAUUGCUUUGUUGCUUUUGCAUGUGGAACUGAAGCUUCACGUUUUGUACAAGCUUUACAAUCACAUGAAACAGAUUUAUUGCUAAUAAAAUGCAAUUAUAGUGAUGGCAAAGAUGAAAAAGUGUUCCAAGAACGAGCCAAAAUAUUUGGGAAUAAAAAAGUUGAAACCAUUAUUGGAUUACAAAUACAGGGGCCACAUGCUAUAAGCAAAUGUUCAGCGAUUUUAGCUAAUGAUUUUCCUCAGUUCAUAACAAUGAUCAGUAAAACGGACACUGAAGCGAAAGAACUAAUUAAGGUGUUUUUCCACAUAUUUGAGAGUGAAUUUCAACCAUAAUGUUUAAAUGAAUUUGAUUUAAUUUUUAUAAAAUUAUUCCACUGUCUUAAUAUAAUAUAAACAUUAUUUAAAGACAAUA